UACUGUACCUUUUAAUGACACAGUAGCGGGCAACUUCUUCGUCCCGGCUGAACUAGGACCCAUGCCAUUGAAUGGUGGGGUCCCUUUUUCUACAAUAUGUACGGCAUUUCUUCCACUCCCAUGGCUUCUCAAUAGAAUCUCUUAGUCAAUCUCAAGUCAAUGCUUUCUUGAAGAUCACAACAGAACAACACAAGACACCCUCCUCCUUGUCUCUCAAUCCACAACCUGUUUUAGGACGAGGAAUGAAACUGCCUUCUUGUUAGUAGCCCUGCUUCUUGUUUUAUUUGCAACUUUGCUUUAUUUCUACGUUCAACUAGCACUUUUAAAACCAGUAAUUGUAUGUGAUGGCGCCGGUGGGAUUCAGAUUCCAUCCAACUGAAGAAGAAAUCAUCCGUUAUUAUCUGAAACACAAAAUGGACGGCCGUGAUUUCCUCGUUGAUGAUCAUAUUGGUGAGGUUGAUCUUUAUCGGCGGGAUCCAUGGGAAUUACCUGAUUCUGCGAGAAUAACGUCAAAUGAUCGAGUGUGGUAUUACUUUUGUCGGCUUGAUUACAAGCACUCAAAUAGUAAACGAGCUAGUAGGGAAACCAAGAAUGGAUACUGGAAAUCGACCGGCAAGGUUCGUGAUAUCAAGGCUAGACGCACAGGUGAGGUGAUUGGUACGAAGAGGACUCUGGUUUUCCAAUACAGACGUCCUGAUUCUAAAAAAGUGGUCGGGACCAGCUGGGUCAUCCACGAAUUCCAUGCUAGAACUUCCACUCCCGACCAGAGGGCUCUUGUUCUUUGCAAGUUAAAGGAUAAGGCAGAUGACUCGGCUGCUAAUUUGCCUGAUGAUGAAGGUGAGCCUAUUCUGGUUAUGGGUUCUAAUGUUGAAAAUAAUGCGGUGCUGAAUAACAACCAAGAGGUAGAUGCACUGCAAUCUUUCAUUGACAAUCAUGGGGCAAGUUUUGGUUUUCUUUCUGCUCUGCAGUCACAGAACCAUGUGCAGAAUAAUAACCAAGAGGUAGAUGCAGCGCUACUGCAAUCUCUCAUUGACAAUCAUGGGGCAAGUUUUGGUUUUCCUUCUGCUUUGGAGUCACAGAACCAUGUGCAGAACAAUAACCAAGAGGUAGAUGCAGAGCAACUGCAAUUUCUCAUUGACAGUCAAGAGGCCGGUUUCGAUUCUCCUUCUGCACUGCAGUCACAGAACCUUGAUGACCUUGAUGAAGAGGAUGUGAUAGAUUUUGCAGAUUCUCUCCUUAUUGCUCCAGAUGAAUAUGGCGUUGAAAUUCCUCCACACCUCCUAAAUGAUUACACCCCACCAACACCAAGGUCGUCAAGUAAUGCUUAUGUUUUGGAUAGCAGUGGCAGAGAAACUUAUCUUGGCUAUGGAGAGUCUCCGAACUUGUAUGGUGGGCACGGUAGUUCAAGGGCAUACCGGCAGAGGCAAAUGGCUCAUAGUGAUGAUACCCUCUUGAUGGGGCCAUCUUCCAUGGAUUCCACGACUGUAACUAGGCAUGAACAGAUUAAUUUAAUUCAAUCAGACUUUCCAAGGAUCCACAAAGCUCAGCAUGCACCAAUACCCCACAGCUUCAUGGAGCACGAGGGAAUUUCUGCUAAAGGAGAUCAAUUGCUGGGUGGGAUUUCAAGCACAGCAUCCAAACAUAAGGCCAGAGAAGGUGCAAGGCAAGUUGUUAAUAGUGGUCUGCCUAAGAAGGUUGGCAUAGAAUCUGUAAAAGACAGGAAAAUAGUUCAGGUUAUGAACGCAAAGCCGGCUGUGAAGUCGAGAUCAAAUGGCUCGGCUGGCAAUGAAAGGUGGGGCCGUUUCAUUCACCUUGAAACAACUACAUCAAGCCAUACAUCGACUCCUCCAUCUGUUUAUCUUUUCAAUUUAGUCCUGGGUCUGUUUCUGUUCUUAAUCAUGCUCAGAGAAGUGCUGAUUGUUCACUGAGAGAAGCUUCUCUUGUAAGGCUAUCGUCAAGAGUUUCCAGUAUAACAAGAACACUUUAUUUUUUGCGAGAAAAGGUCAGCAAGAGGAGGACUUGAAAUCCCAAAAUAUUAAACCCUCAACCGGCUGACAGAAUGGAUUUCUGUUUUUGCUAGCUUGUAUAUAUAUUGCCCCUUUCUCAUGGCUGCCGGGGCUAGACUGUAGUUACUGUUUGCUGUAUAAAUUAUAUUAUGUUAUAAUUAUUACAAGAAAACUCUAAAGAGCAUGGGUUUUUCAA